GGCUAGGUGUCCUCGCCAUAUAAGCCUGGUCAAAUGUAUUUUAACCUGAUUAGCCUGGAAGAGCAAAGAAAUCAGUGAGGUUCUCAAGAUGUCUAAGACAGUCGCAACCUUCAGGACUUUGAAAAAGAUAUUAAAGCCUCUCACAGAAAAACGGCGGCGUGAGCGAAUCAACCUGAGUUUGGAGAGACUAAGGGUUCUACUGCUAGAAAACACAAAUGAUGAGCGGCUCCAGAAUCCCAAAGUGGAAAAAGCAGAAAUUCUAGAAUUGGCAGUUCAAUUCAUUGGGAAGAAAGAAGCUUUGAAAUCUCAAGUUACAGAAAACUUACAGGACAUCAAAGAAGUAAGCUUCAAGAAAGGAUUUAAAGGGUGCUUGAACCACAUGUCCAGCUUUCUGAACAAAACGGACAAAGGCAGAGGGCCCAAAGCAAAAAGAAAAUUGCUUUGGCACAAUUUUCCAUCUCACGUCCACAAAGAUGAGAACAGCUUCUUAAAUACAAGCAUUGACUUUAUGCCACUUUCCCCAAGUUUUCAACAGAAUCAACCUGCACUAGAGCAGUGUAAGGUGCCUGUCCCAACUAUGUCGCCUUUUGAACCCAUAGAUGACUACAGGCCAACGAGUCAAACGCCCAUGACUUCAGCAUUUUGUCAUGCCACACAAAUCGCAUGUGCACCCUUUAUGUUAAACACAAAGUACUCUGAGGUACCUACUUUUAAAAACAGUCCAAAAAUGAAUGACACAAUCAGAAAUGGCACUUCAAUAUCACUGAUGGGAACACAUAUUCCUUGUCAUAAUGUGUGGAGACCUUGGCCAUAAAUGAUCAAUUCAGUCUCUGGCACAUUUUUAGUUUUUCUGUGUUUCUACUAACUUCAUAUGUAUAUAUUUAAAUGUCCUGUGUUGUAUUGUGAGUUUGUUGCCAAUGAUAUUUUGAAAAAAAUGUCUUAAUUGUUUAUAGCAUUUUUUAUAUUCUGGGCUGUGUUACGUGCUUGCAGUUAUGACAAUGCUACUAUUGAUAGUGAUGUCUGGCUCUGUGAGGUUAAGGGUUUUUUCAAAUGCAAAGAACUUUUCUUUUAGGCAGAAUCCUAAAAUGCUCAAAUACUGCUGUUGUCUAAACCCAGGAGUGUGUUUCAGUGUUAAUUUAUAGGGAUGGAUGCCCAGAGGAUCUGCAUUCAUGUAUCACCAUUGAGUCACUGUGUCACCCAGAUCAAGCCAAGAAUAAUUUGCAUAAACAGGUAUCUCUGUGAAAAUUGUAUUCUACACAUAAAGCACUUCUUCUGUUGUGUGCACCGUGGUGAGUGUUCAAUAAUUAAUACUGUUGCA